GGUCCAGCAUCCACAGUUACUGACAGUGAAUUAGUGCCAGGUGUGUUUCAACCAAUCAGUGGGCGUGGUUUCGGGUCACCUGUUUAACGCCUAUAAAUUGUUUCUGGUUCCCCUUUUGUUUGGGUGCUGCCACAUGAGGCGAGUUGUUGUUGGAGUUUGCUAGCGGCUGUCCUAAAAAUUGUGUAGCCAUGAGUUCAGUAAAGCCCUUCAUUGGCUGUAAAAUAUGGUUAAUUUCAAGAGCCCAAAAUCGCUAUGAGGGGAUUUUGUACACAAUUGAUAAAGUAAACUCUACAGUGGUUCUGGCGAAAGUGAAGUGUUUUGGAACGGAGGGACGACCCACUGACAGACCGACGCCACCCAAAGAUGAUAUCUAUGAAUACAUCACGUUCCGGGGAAGUGAUAUUAAAGAUAUAGCCCUGUGUGAACUACCAAGAUCUCAUCAUGGCCUUCCUCCAGAUCCUGCAAUAGUACAGUCAUCCAGUGCAGGGUCUUCGGGCGUGUACUCAGCUCAUGGACCGUUUAGCCCCAUGAGGAUGCCCGCCUAUAACCAGCUUGCUGCCAACCCCCUUCUUAAUCAACAAUACGCAGCAGCUCUUGGACUUGGGCCUGUGAUUCCUGGCUUGCAUGUCAGAAGACCCCCCAUGGUGGAAAAGGCUGUUCAAACCCUCCACAUGGAAAGGUCUAGGCAGGGAAGAGGCUUGACUGUAUCCCAGGAUUGGGACCAGUACCAGGAGAGGAGGCAGCCCCCGAGGACCAGACGAGAAGGUUCCAGUCCCAGAAGGCCCACUGAAACCACCUUGAAGCUGGGCCAAGUUGGACCCAAAGCUCGCCAGGAAACUUUGCAACGGAAUGAUGAAAAUAGGCCACCGCUGAGAAGACAAGCGCCUCGGAGGCGCAGGAACCGUAGUAGAGGACAGUUGAUGGUGGCUAAUACUCCAUCAGCCACUCUGAAGUUUGACACAGACUUUGAUUUUGAUUCAUCAAAUGCACAAUUUAUUAAGGAGGAACUGGAGAGGGAAGGGCAGAACAAAGUGAAAGGUGCAACUCAAGAAGUAGAUGAGAAGUCAAAGGAGGAAUUACAUUUGACUACAAAGGACGAUCAUUUUGGACCAAAGUGCUACUAUGACAAAGCAAAGUCUUUCUUUGACAACAUCUCAUCUGAAAAUAAGUUCAGGCUAACAUGGGCAGAGGAGCGGAAGCGCAAUCUGGAGACAUUUGGUGUCCCUGGACGCUUUCUACGGGGCCGAGGCUUCAGAGGUGGAUAUACGGGAGCAAGAGGACGGGGCUCGGCUCAGAUGGUUCCAUCUUACAGAUCCAGAGGUGGACAGUUAUAGAGGUCAGCAUCUGAUAUCAGUGCCCCAAAGCCACUACCUACUGUAAUUAUUUCCCAUAUGUGUGAUUUGUAAGGGUUAUUACUCAGUUACCUUUCAGUAUAUUUUUAUUUUUGUUAUUUUGUCAUGAUAAGCACCUCUGUAUAAAUCUGUUUUUCCUACCCGAGGCCAUAAUCCUGCACAUAAAUUACCAGGAUGUAUAUAUUUUUUUUUUGUCCUCUGCUCCACUUUGAAUGUGGAUGCAUGUGGCACACUUAGUGGUCCCUUCAGGAUAUAUUUGCUUGAGUAUUUUUUGUUAUUAGAUGGGAGUUGGAUUUGUUUUAUUCUCCUUGACAAAUCUUACACCUAAAAUGUGUCUGGUCUGUGUUCAAGACAGUGUCUUUUUGGAGUGUGCAUUAUUAUUUAUGUUCCUUUUUCAUAUAACAAAUGUAAAUUGAAUAUCAACAUCAAAUGAACUAAACUUAAAUGUAUUUAACUGAUAAAUCUUGGCUAACGCUUUAUUCUGUCCUAUUGAAAUGAUACGUGAGAAUUAUGUGAAUAAAGUGGAAAAUGCUCAUGCACUUCUCAUCUUCUGAGCCU